AUGGCCAAGGACCUGCCUACUCAUUCUACCCUGGGAGGGCCUCCUCCUCCCUCCGUCGAUGCUGGUCAAGCCUGGUUCACAUCUUUCUCAAAUGCCAUCUCCUCUUGCGAUGUGCCCGCACUCCUCGGCCUUAUUCGGGAAGAUGGUUUCUGGAGAGACAUGCUCGCUCUUACCUGGGACUUUCGCACUUUCAAGGGCACCGAACGAAUCAAGGAAUUCCUGUAUGAUCGUCUGCAAGGAGCCGAACUGAGCUCUCUCAAGUUGAGCAACGACUUCCCACCAAAUCUCGAACAGCCGUGGGAGGACGUCACCUGGCUCAUCAUCACCUUCACUUUCUCCACCAAGGUCGGUACCGGCACUGGCAUAGCUCGACUUGUGUACGACCACAAGGCUGGAGCAUGGCAGGCAUACACAAUCUACACCACUCUCUGGGGAUUGCAUGGCGUCUCCGAAGCGUUAGGAUCGAACAGACUCAUGCAGCCGAACCACGGCCAAUGGAUCUCCUCUCUCGCUAAAGCCCUCGAAUUCGAGAAAGAUCCCGAAGUGCUCAUUUUCGGAGCCGGACAAGCAGGAUUAGACGUGUCGGCGAGGCUAAAGAUGAUGGGUGUGAGCGUGUUGUGUGUAGAGCGGAAUGCAAGGGUUGGAGAUCAGUGGAGGGGCAGGUACGAGGCGCUGUGUUUGCAUGACCCUGUUUGGUAUGACCACCUUCCCUACCUGCCCUUCCCGUCCACCUGGCGGGCCUACACCCCAGCAGCAAAACUCGCCCAAUGGCUCGAAUUCUACGUUCAAGCACUCGAGCUCCCAAUCUGGCUCUCUUCCACAGUCGAAUCCUGUACUUGGAUCGAAAGGGAAGGGAAGUGGGAGGUUGUCGUUUUGAGGGGUAAGGAGGGGGGAGGCAAGGAGAGGAGGGUAAUGAAGGUUAGCCAGGUGGUGUAUGCUGCAGGUUGGGCAGGAGGGGUGCCGAAUAUGCCCAGGAUCGCUGGGAUGGACGAGUUUAGGGGGAAGAUCGUUCAUUCCACCCAACAUAAGACGGCGAAGGACUAUGUGGGUAAGAAAGUGCUUAUUAUUGGGGCGGCUACGUCUGCCCACGACAUCGCCCACGACUUUGCCAACCACGAUAUCGACGUUACCAUCUUCCAACGUAACUCCGCAUAUAUAAUGAUAACCAGGCACGGCAUGCCAGUCGUGGCGCGCGGCCUGUACUGGGACGACUGCCCCCCGACCGAGCAGGCAGACAUGCUUUCCGCCUCGCUGCCUAACGAGGUCAUGCGACUCGUGCAUAAGAGGUAUACCCAGGAGGUGGCGGAGAAAGAUCGCGAGCUGCUCGAGGGGCUCGACAGAGUUGGGUUUAGGAGGAACGAGGGGGUCGAGGGAAGCGGGCUCUUGUUCUUGGCGUAUUAUAGGGCUGGGGGAUACUAUCUCGACGUGGGCGCAAGUCAGAUGAUCGUAGAUGGGAAGAUCGGACUCAAGAACGGGUGCGAGAUCGAUAGGUUCACCCCCUCCGGAGUUCGCUUCUCAGACGGAUCGGAGAUUGCCGCAGACCUAGUUGUGUUCGCUACCGGGUUUGGGGAUAUCAAAAAAUCGAUGGGGAACAUGUUUGCCUCGGACCUGGUUGAGAAGCUCAAACCUGUCUGGGGAGUGGACGAGGAAGGGGAGAUCCGCGCAGCCUGGGGGGAUUCGGGACACGAGAAGUUCUGGUAUAUGAUGGGAAACCUCUGUCUGUGCAGGUUCCACAGCAAACAUAUGGCGCUCCAGAUCAAGGCCAUGCAGAUGGGCGUAUUCGGAGACCGAUACCAGAAGGGUAAGCCGAGUUGA